CUGAAUUGAAGAAUUAGUCCUCUGAUUAGUCGGUUUUUGAGGAAUUAGUUCGCCCGGUUUGCCACAGCACAUUCAGCGUACAAAUUUGUUCUGAGGUGACUCUUUUAUAUGAUCUUACUGUUCAGGAAGGCCCCUAAAUUUGCCGCCAAACCACCCACUUUUUACCGCGCUGUAUGACCCGAGUGGGUACUUGCCAGUUGUGGGUCUAUUAGUCAAACAAGAUGGCUAACAUUGCUCUGUGGAGAAAGGCAUACUGACGCGUAUCGACCGAGUAAAAAAUUAUUGUCUUUCAACUAUUAUUCAAGUUUUCAAAGUGCUAGAUAGCGGUUUCACUAGGAGAAUAGUAUAGCGUCGCGGAAUGGAGGUGGAAACGUUUGAAGCAGAUAGUAAGGAUCUGGCAGAGAUCUUGAAGCAAGCUGCUUCUGGUGGUAAAAUUAUAUACGAAUCUAAUAUCGGGGAUGAUGACGAUGAGGCAGAAGUUGAAAUAGUGGAAAUAAUAGAAGAAAUAGAAGUAGUCGAAGAGCAUCCAAACGAGGACAGGGAAGAACAAGAAACGAACAAUGAACACUUUGGCAAGAAUGCUAGUGAUAGUUCAGAAGAACCAGAAUCUAGUAAAACACGCAAAUCGAAAGAGACCAAGGAGAUUGUAGUGAAGACUGAAAAGUCAACAAGACAGGUAUCCUCCGACACUGACUCAAAAAUAUUUCAAUCUAGAUCUGAUUAUAUUGUAAGCCAAUUGAAAAAUCAUUUUAAGAAUGACGGUGGCAAGGACAAAAGUAAACAAGUCGUUUCAUAUGACAUAGACGAGGAUUGGGAGGAUGAGGACGUAGAACAUGCAUCGCAACAAAGAGCCCAUUCUAGUUCCAAUAGCCUUGCUUUCAAAUCCACAGCAAAUAGUCAUUCGGAAAGAGAUGAAAGACAUAUUACUCAGAAUGGAAAAAAGAAAUUGCCGUUGAAGAACUAUGGCAGCACAUCUCAUCCUAGUAAAUCCCAUACGCAGUCACAAAUUACACAGCAACAGACAAAUUCUAAUGCAGAAGAUUAUUGGGAGGAGGAACCAGGCACUAUCUUAGGGUAUGCCGAUGAAUCGUCAUGCCCCCAGGAUGAUGAGAACACAGAUUCGCAACACGAGAUUGUUAAAAAUGCAGAAAAUAAUUUGAUUUAUACUGUCUUGGGAUCUAAAAAACCGAGUACAACCAAACAGAACCAAGAAAACAGAUUUUCCAGUGCCUGUUAUAACAAAAUCGACCAAAUGGAAGCCAACUCUAGUGAAGCAACUAUAUAUUAUGAAAAUGAAGAUAUGGAAACUUUGUACGUGGGCCAAACAGCUGGAAACGACCCCUAUCAAUACAAUGAUGUUGCAAUGGGUGAUCAAGAGUCAACUAGAGACAGUAACGCUAUAGAUGCAGAAAUGGAUGAUCGGGAAGAGGAAUCGCAGGAGCAAAUAUUUUUGCAUGAGGACGAAGAUGGACAAUUAUACUUUAAGGAUGAUACUGGAAAACUGCAGCCAGUUUACCUCACCGCAGAUGGGAAUUACGCUAUUGCUGAUAAUAGUAGCGACGAUCAAGACAGUGGCGAUCAAACUCAGCAAGCAGGAAAUUUGAAACAAGCUGACGGGGGCGCCAUGAUCAUACCUGAUACCAACUAUGUCUCACAUGCUUCCUCCAAAACUGCUGUGGUGCCAGCGUCAACAAUACAAGAGAUAGACAAUGAAGAUAAUACCGUGACAAUAUCUUUGAUCAUCUCCGAAGACGAGAAUGGGCAAAAGAGGACACAAGUUAUCAUUCCAACAACAGACAAUCUCAAGUGUGACACAUGCAAUAAAUCAUUUAAAUCCUCAUUUCAGUUACUCAGACACAACAGACUGAAACAUGCGCGAGAAGAUGAUGUAACCAGUAGAAAUUAUCCCUGCGACUUGUGCCCAAAGAGAUAUGCUGACCAAAACGCAUUAGCUCGUCAUAGGAAAACUCAUACAAAUGAAAAACCAUUUCAGUGUUUGGAAUGUCACAAGACGUUUCCGAGUUCUACAGCAUUGCGACGUCAUCUCACUCAACAUAAUCCCCAAUCACGUCGAUUGCCUUGUAUCUACUGCGGUCGUCGUUUUCCGGAUAAAACCGUUUUGGCAAAACACGAACAAUCGCAUCUUGCCGGAGAGCGAAAAACUCAUACUUGCGAUAUGUGUCAUAAGUCAUUUAUGCAUGCUAGUGACCUGGCUCUUCAUAAAAAGAAUCAUGAUCCUGAAAGGAAAUUCGACUGCGAGGUUUGCGGAAGAGAAUUCAAUCGCCUUAAUAAUCUUCAACGUCACAUGAUGGUGCAUCAGCAGCAACAAGGAAAUACUGAAGAAGCCUUGUCUUGUGAUGUUUGUGGUAUAACCUACAAAUUCAUGAGUUCUUUGACAAGGCAUAUGGUGACGACGCAUGUUAAUCCUGAAAAGAUGCGGCAACAAGCGGAAGAGCAGCGAAGAAAGCGUGAGAAUAAUUAUCGUCGUUACAUGGAAAAUCGGAAGAUGUACGAGUGCCAGCCUGCAACUGUUUAUUCGAACAAACGUUCUGCAUCAUUUCAUCAUAGUAACGACGACGACGACGAUGUUUGAAGUUGUGUUGAUACUGAUUUGAAUAUUUUUAUGCAAGAUUAAUUGAUUUUGAUUUAGGAAAAUGUUAUCUACAACAUUGACAGCGAACCGUCAAAACUUUGAUCCAGAAACUAUCACUUUCCUUCUUAGCAAAGCAGCCUAAACAAAUUACAUUAUUAUUACCAGUCACAUUAAUGUAAUGAAUACCUUAUUAUCAUCAUUUAUUAAUAAAUAAGAUGGUACAAACUUGA